CGCACCGCCUCCCACUGCUCUCACUGCUCCGCUCCGUGCUUGUCUCUGUGCUCCGUAUCGCCGCUGUUAGCACCCAAACACCAUGUCGCGCGCCGCGACGUUGCAGGGCGCCACGCGCUCGCCCGGCUCGUCGGUGCCGCUGGCGUCGGCACGCACCCGCUCGCCCACGCCGCCGGCGCACGACGCCCUCUCCGUCAUCCUCUGCACCGCCGGCUACGACCACAGCAUCCGCUUCUGGGAGGCGUGGAGCGGCGUGUGCGCGCGCACCGUGCAGCACCCCGACAGCCAGGUCAACCGCCUCGCCAUCAGCCCCGACAAGCGCUGGCUCGCCGCCGCGGCCAUGUGUCAGGUGCGCCUGUACGACUGCACCCUCGGCCAGGGCAUGGGCCAGGUCGGGCACAACGGCGGCGGCGGCAAUCCCGUGGCCACAUUUGACGGACACUCCGGGAAUAUCACCUCGCUCGCAUGGCACUGCGAUGCGAAGUGGCUUGUGACGGGCAGCGAGGACGGCACGCUGAAGAUCUGGGACACGCGGACAUCACGGCCACAGCGCAUCUACGACCAUCGCGCACCCGUGAACGACGUCGUCAUUCACCCGAAUCAGGGCGAGCUGGUCUCGUGCGAUCAGGCGGGCAGCGUCAAGGUGUGGGAUCUGGGCGAGAAUGGCUGCAGCCAUGAACUGGUGCCAGAAGAGGAGGUACCCAUUCGGUCGGUCACUGUCGCUUCCGACGGCUCAUGUCUGGUGGCAGGCAACAACAAGGGCAACGUGUACGUCUGGCGCAUCCAAUCAGGCGGCUACGAGGGUGCCAACUCGAUGCCGGGCGGCAGUGGUGGAGAGGCAGGCGCGUCAUCAGACGGGUCAUCAGGCGCUGCACCGGCUCCACCAACACCGCCAGCAGGCGCCGGUGACUUUACGGACCUGCAGCCCGUGACCAAGUUCCGGGCGCACGACAAGUACCUCACCAAGUGCCUGCUCUCGCCAGACGUGCGGCAUCUGGCGACCUGCUCGGCCGACACCACCGUCAAGAUCUGGAGCACGGCGCGCUACGAGUUCACGCUCGAGAAGACGCUCGUGGGCCACCAGCGAUGGGUGUGGGAUGCGGCGUUCAGCGCCGACAGCGCCUACCUUGUCACCGCAUCGUCAGAUCACGUCGCACGGUUAUGGGAGCUCGCCAGCGGCGAGACGGUGCGGCAAUACAACGGCCACAACAAGGCCGUCGUGUGCUGCGCGCUCAACGACUCGCACCUCGAGAGCUGAGCGCGAAUGCAUCAUUAUAUCACGUC